AUGGCGGCGUUGAGCAGCGCCGAGUCCCCACCGCCCGUCUUUAACGGAGACACCGCGGAGCGGGAGCCGGGCAGGGAGCGGGGCCUGGAGGAGCUGGGCGCCGGCCUGGACUCCUCCUGCACGUCGGGGAUCCCCGGAGGUCCGCAGGAUGAGGAGAUCUGGAAUAUCAAACAGAUGAUAAAGUUGACACAAGAACACUUAGAGGCUCUUCUGGACAAGUUUGGAGGAGAACACAAUCCUCCUUCCAUAUAUCUAGAGGCCUAUGAGGAGUACACCAGUAAACUGGACGCCCUGCAGCAGAGGGAGCAGCAGCUGCUAGAGGCUAUGGGCAACGGUACAGACUUCUCCUGCUCUCCUUCUCCCAUGCCAGCCCUUCUGGAGGUCAAGAUGGGAGGCUGUGGGGUUGGAGGGGGGGCUCAGGCCUUUCCCUCAGCCCCCAACACCUUGGCUGUCCUGCAGACCCCCACCGAUGCCAGCCGAGCCAAUCCUCGCUCCCCUCAGAAGCCCAUCGUCAGGGUCUUCCUGCCCAACAAACAGAGGACAGUGGUCCCGGCCCGCUGCGGGAUGACUGUGAGAGACUCACUGAAGAAAGCUCUGAUGAUGCGAGGCCUCAUUCCAGAAUGCUGUGCAGUCUACAGGAUACAGGACGGAGAAAAGAAGCCGAUUGGCUGGGAUACAGACAUCUCCUGGCUGACAGGAGAGGAGCUACAUGUAGAAGUGUUGGAGAAUGUGCCGCUCACCACACACAACUUUGUGAGGAAGACCUUCUUCACACUGGCCUUCUGCGACUUCUGCAGAAAGCUGCUGUUCCAGGGUUUCCGCUGUCAGACCUGUGGCUACAAGUUCCACCAGCGCUGCAGCACAGAGGUUCCCCUCAUGUGUGUCAACUACGACCAGCUAGACUUGUUGCUAGUGUCCAAGUUCUUCGAGCAUCACCCAUUCACCAAGGAGGAGGUCUCCUCAGAGGGAACCACCCCCGUGUCUGAGGCAUGUCCGUCACUCCCCCCAUCCGACUCCACCGGGUCUAUAUGCCAUACCACUGUGUCCCCGUCCAAGUCCAUACCCAUCCCGCCCAGUUUCCGGCCCAACGAGGAGGACCACCGCAACCAGUUUGGCCAGCGAGACCGUUCGUCCUCCGCCCCCAAUGUCCAUAUCAAUACCAUUGAGCCUGUCAACAUCGAUGACCUGAUUCGAGAUCAGGGCUUAGCGAGGUCAGAUGGAGCCCCCCCGACCCACCCCGCCCGCUGCUUGAGGAAGCACCGAACACGGACCUCAAGCCCCCUCCUAUACUCCUACCCCAAUGACAUAGUGUUUGAUUUUGAGCCCGAGCCUGUUUUCCGAGGCUCCACCACAGGGCUGUCGGCCACACCUCCUGCCUCUUUACCUGGCUCUCUGACCAAUGUCAAGGUUCCGCAGAAGUCGCCAUGCCAACAGAGGGAGCGCAAGUCGUCGUCCUCGUCCGAGGACCGCAAUAAAAUGAAAACCCUGGGGAGAAGGGACUCCAGUGACGACUGGGAAAUCCCUGAGGGUCAGAUCACUCUGGGUCAGAGGAUAGGUUCUGGAUCCUUUGGAACUGUCUUCAAGGGAAAGUGGCACGGUGAUGUGGCAGUGAAGAUGUUGAACGUCACUGCUCCCACACCACAACAGCUUCAGGCCUUCAAGAAUGAAGUGGGAGUCCUCAGGAAAACGCGUCAUGUGAACAUCCUGCUGUUCAUGGGCUACACCACCAAGCCUCAGCUGGCCAUUGUGACCCAGUGGUGUGAAGGUUCCAGUCUGUACCACCACCUCCACAUCAUCGAGACUAAGUUUGAGAUGAUCAAGCUGAUCGACAUCGCCCGGCAGACGGCUCAGGGCAUGGAUUACUUGCAUGCCAAAUCAAUCAUUCACAGAGAUCUGAAGAGCAACAAUAUUUUCCUCCACGAGGAUCUGACAGUGAAGAUUGGUGACUUUGGUCUGGCAACUGUCAAGUCCCGCUGGAGUGGCUCCCACCAGUUUGAACAGCUCUCUGGCUCUAUACUAUGGAUGGCACCAGAGGUGAUCCGGCUGCAGGACAAGAAUCCCUACAGCUUCCAGUCAGACGUCUACGCCUUCGGCAUCGUGUUGUACGAGCUCAUGUCAGGAGCGCUGCCCUAUUCCAACAUCAACAACAGGGACCAGAUCAUAUUCAUGGUGGGUCGAGGUUACCUGUCUCCUGACCUCAGCAAGGUCCGCAGCAACUGUCCGAAGGCCAUGAAGAGACUGAUGGCCGACUGCCUGAAGAAGAAGAGAGAGGAGCGACCCCUCUUUCCUCAGAUCUUGGCGUCCAUCGAGCUGCUGGCUCGCUCAUUACCCAAAAUCCACCGCAGCGCCUCAGAGCCUUCGUUAAAUCGAGCGGGCUUUCAGACGGAGGACUUCAGCUUGUACGCCUGCGCCUCACCCAAAACCCCCAUCCAGGCCGGUGGCUAUGGGGAGUUUUCGGCAUUUAAGUAAGUGCUGCAGAUCCCACCAGUCCAUCCCUCGUCACUUCUCAAAAGUCUCGUGUCCAUGCGGUGGAUUCAUUCAUUCCUGAAAAACAAAUAGUCUCAAAGAAUGUGCUUUUUUCUUCGUCUGUCAAUCUGAAGAAGGCAGCCUCAUUGGAGUCCAUCCAACAUAAAGCUGUCCAGCAGGCAAACAGUGACAGACAAAACUGAAUUAGGGAAAAAUUAAAAAAAAAAAAAAACUUGAAUGACACAAAAGGAAAAAAAAAAAAAGAAAACUCCAAGACAUCCAUACCAAAAGAGGUUUAGCAGGAGACCACAAGCGUCACAGACCGACUUGCCUGCUGGAGAGAACGGAUGAAGGUAAAAGGAAGGAGAGACAGAGAGGUGAAGCGUCUUUGGGUGCGGCUCAUCCAUUCAUUGCGUGUGCAGGUGAGGAGGGGGGGCUGGUUUAUCAGCCGGGCCGCUGGACUGCACUUUGAGUGAUGGCAGAACGGGCCAGUGGAAGGAGGAGAGGCCUCCCGUCCUUCAGUUGAGAUGGAAUGCCAGGCGUUAGUCCGUUCCCGAGAUGAGCAGGAGGCCACUCAGCAGAGUUUAACCCCGAAGGAAGAUGACUUGAAAGACAGAUCUAUUUCUAUUUUUUCAUUUAUUUCUCAUGUUUUAGAUUUUAACUAGCACUUGCUAGGAAUGCUGAGCUUUUCUGUCAUUUGUUUCUUUUCUAGCACAGGCCUUUACUUUUUUGGUUUUUGUUUUUGCCUUCUUGUUUGCCCCCAACAAUUUCGACAGACACCUGUGAUGAAAUGGCAACAGCUAUUAAUCUACUGAAAGAUUUUGCUCUAUUAUUUCCAAAAUGUCUGACCCUUCACACAAAAGCAGGAGAAGCGGUUCCUUCUGUAGAUUUCCUGUAGAAACGUCUGCAGCCUGCACUGCUCCACCAGCUGCAGGAGCUGUUCUUUGGGAGGAAAAAUGCUUAUUUGUUAGGUGAUGGAAGUUGCAUGAGAUUGUUUUUUUUUUCCACUUAAAAGGCCUGGUCUAAGCCAACAAAUGAGAUGUGUGUUAAUUAGCGAGCUUUAUAUAGGUGAUGGAAAGAUUUUGCUCCUGAGACGCUCUGCCUUUUCAAAGGAUUUCAUGCCUGUGUGAAAGCAGCAGAAGCGGUUUUGUCUGUAGGUUUCCGGUAGAAAAGUCCAGAGCCUGACAUGUCCUGCCGGCCACAGGGGUCAUUCACAGGGAGGAAGAAAUGCAGAUUUGUUUGGAGGUGAAAGCUAAACAACAGAGGUUUGUUCUUCUGUUUAAAGAGCCUGGUCUAAGCCAAGCUGCUGCCCAGCAUUUACACUGAGCUAAGCAGUGUGUACAGUACUUGUGGCUCAAAGCUUCAAAGUUGUUACACAGCAUCUUUGCAACAAAGCUUUUCCAAGUGCAUGUCGUGUCGUUUUUUUAAUUUUUAUUUGUAUUUUUUUUGAUCAUGUGGCUUUCAUAUUGCACUCGGCAUAAAAUAGGACCUUACUUGUUGCAGCUGCUGACUAAUGGGCUGCAGCGUUACCUGCUGAAAGGACCGGCGAUCCUCUGGUUCUGCAUUCUGUUAGUCUUGAAAAUGUUCUUUCAAUCACACCUUUUACUUUCUCUACACACAUGCACCUGAACUUUUUUCAUUCCAGUGUGUGUUAAGGGUUGUAGGUGUUAUUACAGGUUAUUUUUGUUUUAUCGUCAAUGUUUGCCUUUUUCUGUACAGGCAGGCCUGCAGAUAUUUACUUAUUUAUGUGAUCUUCUUGUUUUGUUUUAUGGAUUUAUUUCCAGAACCGCUAUAUUUGAAGCUAUCGGUCUUUCUUUUGACACUUAGUCAUUUUAGUCUUUGUGACUCGUGUACUUGCACUUUGUAGAGAUGAAGAAUAAAUUGUGACAUACAGAGCUGAUGACCUAAAAUUCAGUUUCCAAUGUAUGAGUCAUCUGCAGGGGCUGAACUGUGAAUAUUUUGCUGGGAAGGCUCAGUUGUCAUCUAAGGACUGUCUUUGAUGAACCCCCCAGCAGCCAGGUGUCACGAUACCUACAGUGAUGAGAGCUGAGCGAAUGAGACUGCCGGCCUUAUAGAUGGAUAUUGUGGAGGUAGAACAACAGUUGAAACGUCCUUCCAAACACUGACAGACUGGUUCUUCAUACUCAUCAAGGAUCAUGUACGUCUUUCCAUCAUUAACUAACCCCCCAGCAACCCCCUACCCACAGCAAUGUUAUUCUGAAGUUUGUUGCCUACCUUUUAUCAAACUAUGUCUGUGUUAGGAAUUACACUUCCUUGGCAUCUGACCCAUCAGUCCCAUCUUUGUGCAUCCAGGGCAGAGAGAGGGGAUGUAGUUUUGCCUAGCUUAGCAUUAAGACUGGUAGCAUGGCGCACUGCUCGCCCUGACCCAGGACAGCCUUACUAUUCACCGUGGUCUGUAGUUUGGACAUUUGAGUCACAGUGCAGAGCUCAUAAAAUGUGUAACAAUAAGCAUAUUGAACAUAUAAACUCGUAAGAAGUAUUUGUCACCACUGACAAGUGAGCAAGAAUUCCUGCUCCAUCUUUGAAAGAGCAUUAUUUGUAGCUAAUUUUUUGUGUUUCUUUUUACCCACCUGGCUUUUUUCCCCCCACCUCAAAAAUGGCUAAGAAGCUUGCCUCCCAUCUAGUCAAUUGGCAUUUUUAACAUUCUUCCCCUGACAAUUUGUAUGAGCCGUUGAAUAAUCAUCUGUAAUGUCUUGAGACAGUACCAAACCCUUGGUCGGGGCUAAUUUCUUACUCCAGCUCCAUCAAAACUGAAAAGAUACACCUUCAAACAUUCAGAAAUAUUACAUCUAAAGUAACUCUGGACUAGAUGCACAAAGAUGUGUUUCGUUAACAUCACAUUACCCAGGUUAAGACUGCAGACGAAAACUGUGUGUGAUUAAUAUCUGAAGAGUAACCAAACCCAAUUCUGUGUGAAGCCUGAUUCCUGCUGGUGAAAGCGAGGCAGGUUACGUGAACUUCAUUUGGCCUCGUGGUGUGCUGUAUGCCGCAUGGUGGAGCAAACCUUUUUAUUGCAACUUGGCUGUUAUUUUUUGGUCAAUAUUCCCGUCAUUGCAGUCGUCAGUUUGAUUGCUGAGAUUCGGGAGCAGGGCUGUCAUUUUAUAUUUUGAAAGCUCUAAACACCAUUCUAACACUCCUGAUUAAUAUUCAGAGUGUAGAAGCACAAUGCGCUGCUCCUUGCGCUCCAGCAGAGUUCAUAAAAUGUGCUGUUCAUCUGGCCAUUGGUAGAAACACAAGCAGUCAGCUGAUCAGACAGGCUGGAAGCAAACCCUCAGGUUAUCUGGAAGAAAAAAGAAAGCAGAACAAAAACAACAGAUUAUAGCCUCUUCAAAGAGUUUUUCUUUUACCUAAACUGUCAUUGUUUUGUAGCGUUGCCAGUGUUGGCUAUGAUGUGUUCUUGCAACACGCUGUGGGUCCACUUGUUGAGCACAAACUGGUGUAUGUUGGAUUUUUGAAUGCACUCUCACAGAAACAGCUGGUAUCACCUGGCAGUAAAGGCCAGCCAAUAGCAGACAGCCACCUCACGUGGUUUCACCUGUACGUUUAAAGGGAGGGGGCUCCACAGAGUUUGGUUUGUACUACUCCACUUUCAUCUGUCCUAAUACCUGUACUUGAGUCCUACAUAGUAUGCAGGUUAAGGUUAGACUGGUGGAUAAGAGACACUUUGGCCUUUUAUUAAACAUUGCAUAUCACUCAGUCAUGUAACCCAGCUGAUGUGAGGUUCUGCUCUGUCCAUAACUUCCCAAAUAUCUGAAGAAACCUGAGCUGACAUGUUAUUGGCCUUUUUGAGAAGAGAUUUGAGCUUGUUUGGUUGGACUAGUCACUGAACUAUAACUGCCGUGAACUUCUUGAUGUCUUGAAAUUCUAAAGUUAAAAAGGUAAUGAAGACACUCCGUCACAAGUACAAAAUACUAGUUCAUAACAGUAUAGGUACCUACAGAAGAGGAUUAUGUCCAGUGGGAUUCUGAGAUUAAAAUUCAAUUUGAGUUUUAAUACUUUUAUUCUACAAACAAACCCAAAUUCUGACAAGAUUUCUGGAAUUCUGAUUAAAUUUUCUUAAUGUCCUCCUUUUGUUUUUGAGAAUUCUGACACAAGGCUAGGAUCAUACCUAGAAUUUAAAGUCAGACUUUGUUCCAAAUGCUCUGAGAUUAGCAACUUUAUUCUGAGAAUGAAGUCAGAGUUUUGACUUUAUUUUUUGCCUUUACAAAACAUCUUAAACCACCGGACCACCAGGGGUCAGUGAUUACAUGCUUGCCCACUUAGAUGCUUUGGAACAUUGGAAGUGUGGAUGUUGAAACUUUCCAACUACCAACUCAAGGUUUAGCUAAUUACCAGUUCUAGAGCUUUUGAUCGAGUUAACUGCUGUUUCCAAGGUGAAGAAUGAAGUGUCAAGGUCAACGUUUAGCCCACACAGACUCACAGCCCCCGAGGUGCUCAGAUCAUGGCUAGUUUACGGCAAAGGAAUUUAAAUUGUUUUAUCUACUAUUUCCCAGGUCAAGAAUGAACUGUCAGCUUCACUAGAAGUAGCACAUGUCCUUAGUCCUCUGACACAGGCGUCAGUGUCAUCCUUCAGUGAGCAGUGGCUGUAGUCUGCUGUACUGGGAUCUGCUGUUACACAUUCUAAUUGCUUACUGAACACAUAACGGGACCUGAGUAAACAGUAAUGUCUUUCAUAGCGCUGUAUUUUUUUUCCUUCGAGAUCUUUAUUUUCUAUGAGAAUAUUAUCACAGAUGUAUAUCUGGCAGACCUUCAUAGAAUCCACAGGAGUAAUCACUGAGCUCCACCUCUAAGGAUCUCCACCACCCACCUCUAACCUCACUACACAUUCUCUGUCUUUGUUCCUCUCGCUCAUUCGCCUUUUUCUUCUUUAACAUUCCCUCCCUCUCCUUCUUGCCUGCACCUUAAACCUAGCAAUUCGUUUCAACUGAGAACUAUCAUGAAAAAAAUUUAUGGAGAUUUGUUUUGUUUUGUUUUUCACCUGUAAAUAGUUGUACAAAGGAAAUACUGUCAGUUUGCUAGGAGGCAUGGAGACUACAAAUGUAACAAAUUAUAAAACGUUCAAAAUAAAGAGACAAAGAUUAAAAUACAUUUUGAUAGGGAGACUUCUGAGAAAAACAGUUGAGUGUAAAAAUAUUUAUGGCUGUAUCAUAAGGAGAAAGAGCUUAAUGUAUUUGUUGUGAAUAUGAAAAACUGAUAUAUUAAAUAAGUGCAUGAAAA